AUGGGUGGAAAUGAACCGAAUUGUAUGAUUACAGAUCAAGAUCCAGCAAUGAAAAUUGCUGUUAAAAGUGUGUUUAACAAGACUGAACAUCGUUUCUGUAUGUGGCACAUAAUGAAAAAGUUACCAGAUAAGGUGGAGAAAUCAAGCAUACAAGAAGAAACUGGGUUCCUAAAAAAAUUAUGUGCUUGUGUUUGGCAUCUUGAAAUUGAACCUGCUGAGUUUGAAGAAAGGUGGAACAAGGUGAUGGUUGAAUACCACUUGGAAGAACAUGAGUGGUUAGGUUAUAUGUACAACAUAAGGAACAAGUGGAUUCCGGCGUAUUUCAGAGAUGUGUUCCUUGGAGGAAUAAUGCGUACAACAUCAAGAUCCGAAAGCGAAAACAACUUUUUCUACUCCUUUAUCAAUCCUCAUGUGUCACUUGUUGAGUUUUACUUGAGAUAUGAAGCUGCAAUUGAUGCCCAGAGACACACUCAAGGUCAGAAUGAUAAUGAUUCAAAGCACAAAUAUCCUGAGUGCAAAACACCACUAGGGAUAGAAAAGCAUGCCUCACAUUUAUAUACUAACUCUGUCUUUUAUGAAUUUCAAUAUGAGAAAGAAAAUGGAUUUGAAGUUGCAAAAGUAAGUGAAGGAAAUCGGAUUAGAACAUUUGAUGUUGUGUUUAAUCCAACUAACUUUGACACCACAUGUUCUUGCAAGUUGUUUUAUAGACAAGGAAUUCCAUGUAGACAUAUGAUUUGGGUUUGGAAAGCAAAAAGGUUUGAAACCAUUCCUGAGCAGUAUAUGCUACACAGAUGGACUACUAUGGCACUGAAAAAACCAAUUUUUGACUUGGGUGGAAACCUGUUGGAGCAAUGUGCUAAUUUAAUUGACAAGAAAAAAUUGUUAAAUGAUUUAUGGUCAGAGAUACACACUUGUGUAAGUUUGGCAGAAGGCAAUGAUGAAGAUAUUCAAGAUCUUGUGAUAAAUCUUCAAGGAAUAAGAAAGGAUUUGGAGGCUAAGAGGAUUGCAAGGAAUAAUGAAACAACAGGAAGUGCAAACAACAAAGCACAAGACAUUGAGCUAUUGAUUGGAGCUAGUGUGCCAACUGAAAUAAUUGUCAAACCUCCAAAAAUUUCAAAGAAUAAAGGGACUGGAAUUCAUGUAUCAAAUGUAGAGACUUCAAAAGAGAAAGGGGCUGAGAUUGAUGUGCCAAAUGUUAAAACAAGAGGUAGAAGUGCAAAAAGGCUGAAGGAAGAAAAAGAAAAGGCUGUAGAACAAAACCAGAAAAAGAGAUUAUGUAGAGGUUGUGGUGAAUUGAGUCAUCAUGAUAUUAGAAAUUGUCCAAACAAAGUAUAA